CGAGCUGUCCAAGUUGAGUCUAUAUGGUUCUCAUGUGCUGAGUAAAAGCGCGGCGCGCCCUGAACUGAAACACUGAAUUCGUGUUUACUGUGUGGUAAUACAUUCGCAUUAAGAAAUGGCAGAAACCGCUCCAGCUGCUGCCGCCGCCCCGGCCAAAGCACCCAAGAAGAAAUCCGCCGCUAAAGCCAAGAAAACGGGUCCAAGUGUGGGUGACCUCAUCGUCAAAGCUGUUUCGGCUUCCAAGGAGAGGAGCGGCGUCUCUCUCGCCGCCCUGAAGAAAGCGCUCGCCGCCGGUGGUUACGACGUGGAGAAGAAAAACGCCCGCGUCAAGAUUGCCAUCAAGAAUCUGGUGACUAAAGGCACUCUGGUCCAGACCAAAGGCACCGGCGCUUCCGGGUCUUUUAAACUCAACAAAAAGCAGACAGAGACCAAGGCAAAACCAGCAAAGAAAGCCGCUCCUAAAGCAAAGAAGCCCGCAGCCAAGAAACCCGCCGCUGCCAAGAAGCCCAAGACUGCAGCGACAAAGAAGACCGCCGCUAAGAAAUCACCCAAGAAAGCGAAGAAACCAGCCGCCACCGCCGCUAAAAAGGCAACAAAGAGCCCCAAGAAAGCAGCGAAGAGCCCCAAAAAAGCAAAGGUUGCUAAACCCAAGACGACAAAGCCCAAAGCAGCUAAGCCUAAAAAGGCAGCACCUAAAAAGAAAUAAAUCAACUCAUUUUUUUUCUUUAGACUCAAAGGCUCUUUUAAGAGCCACCCACUAAUUCAUGAAAGAGCAGUGUUUCAAUAUAAUCUGUAACUAAUCAUGAUUGCAUUUUAUAUUUUACCGCAACGUUGUUAACUUUUUUCAAUAUAAAGUAAAAUAAGUAGUCUGUUUGUUGAGUAGCUAUAUGU